GGGGUGGGGGAGGAAGGCAGCGAGCGAACAGGCAGCGGCAGAGCCACCAUGGAGCUGGCGAUGGAGAACCUGGGCAGCCUGCACGGCGUCCCGCACUCGCAGCCCGCGGAGCUGCUGAGCCCCGCACACGGGAGGCAGAGCUCGCACCGCAACCUGGUCCCGCACGGGCGGCCGGCCAUGGUGUCGGGUAUGGCAUCCAUCCUGGAAGGGGGGGAUUACCGCGCCGAGCACAGCCUGGCGGCCCCGCUGCACCCGGCCAUGAGCAUGUCCUGCGAAUCGCCGUCCGGGAUGAGCCUGAGCAGCACCUACACCACGCUCACCCCCCUGCAGCACCUGCCGCCCAUCUCCACCGUGUCCGAGAAGUUCCACCACCCGCACCACCACCACCACCACCACCACCACCCGCACCAACGCCUGGCCGGCAACGUGAGCGGCAGCUUCACGCUGAUGAGGGACGAACGCAGCCUCGCCUCCAUGGGCAACCUCUACAGCCACUACCCCAAGGACAUGCCGGCUAUGGGGCAGCCCCUCUCUCCUCUCCCCAACGGGCUGGGCAGCCUGCACAACGCUCAGCAACCUCUGACUCCGUACGGUCCCGGCGGCCACUUGCCCAACGACAAGAUGCUGUCGCCCAACGGCUUCGAUUCUCACGCCGCGAUGCUGUCCCGGGGCGAGGAGCACCUGGCCAGGGGGUUGGGGGCCCCCAGCUCGGCCAUGAUGCCGCCCCUCAACGGGAUGCACCCGCACGGCCACCCGCACCCCCAAGCCGGCGGCUCUCUGCUGGCAGAAAGGGAUCGCCAGGCCUCGGCCAGCGGGUCUCAGAGCGGAGGAUCGGGGCAGGUGGAGGAGAUCAACACCAAAGAGGUGGCACAAAGGAUCACGGCCGAGCUGAAGCGUUACAGCAUCCCGCAGGCGAUCUUCGCGCAGAGGAUCUUGUGCCGUUCGCAGGGGACCCUCUCGGAUCUGCUGCGGAACCCAAAGCCGUGGAGUAAGCUCAAGUCGGGCCGGGAGACUUUCCGGAGGAUGUGGAAAUGGUUGCAGGAACCCGAAUUUCAGAGGAUGUCUGCGCUCAGGCUCGCAGCUUGCAAACGCAAAGAGCAAGAGCAGCAGAAAGACAGGAGCCUGCAGCCCAAGAAGCAGCGGCUGGUCUUCACGGACCUCCAGCGCCGCACCCUGAUCGCCAUCUUCAAGGAGAACAAGCGCCCGUCCAAGGAGAUGCAGAUGACCAUCUCACAGCAGCUGGGCUUGGAGCUCAACACCGUCAGCAACUUCUUCAUGAACGCCCGCCGGCGGUGUAUGAACCGCUGGCAGGAGGAGCCAGGCACCAACCCCGGGGUCCCCUCUUCUUCUACAAGCACUUUCUCCAAAGCAUGAUGUCCCCCAGCCCUCCCUGCCCCUUCCUGGACAUCCUCCUCAUGACAAAGCCAACUCAGCCUCGUGCGCAUGCCCCAUUUGGGGUGGGUGCUUUUGGGCACUGCGAGUCCCCCACCUUGAACUGGUGUCGUGUCCUGCUGUCACCUCCAUCCAGCUUGAGGAGCUGGGAUGGGGGUUGCAGCUGGGCUGGCUCCUUCCCGUGGAGGGCUCUGAGGAAACCCCCAUGAAGUGUGGGAUGUGGGGUGGAGGAGAGGGAAAGGAGUUGCUUGGGGAUACCUCACAAAGCUUGUAUUCACACCCCCUGCCAGAGUCCAGUCUUUGGGGACUGGGGCACCCUGUCCCCUCCUGUGCACCCCACAACUUCUGCCUCCACCACAACCACCCUUGCAGCUCCCACAGUUUUGGGAUAAAGACGGAGGAGGAAAUGCAGGAGGUGAAGUUGUGGGGCUGGUCUCUGGUACAACCCCAGCUUUCUGAGGCUGAAAUCCCCAUUAUUUAAAGGGGAGCAAGCAGGGAAAACACUCUCUGGGUGCCUGAAGGUGACCCCAGGUCUCUGCUUGCUGAAGCUUUUUGCUCCCCUGAGGCACAGCAGGUUUUCCCAAAGCAGCUGGACCCUCUUCGCCAUUGACACAGAGGUGCUCCUCUCCCUUGAAGCUGUUGGAAACCCAACCAAGGGCAGCCCCACAACCUUCCUCUAUGGGCACCGUCCUCGUCCCCCGGAGACCCCCGGGAGCACCCACCCCACCAGACCCCCUGCACACCCCAACCCAUCCUUGGGUCCCCCCAAGUGGCUCCGAGCAUUCCCAGCGUCACGGCGGCCGCUCCACCUCGCGCCCACGCAGGUCAAGAAGCACAUUUUAGCUACAGAAAUCGGGUAUUUAAAAAUAUGAAUUGUUUGAGAGGAGAUGGGAGGAGAGACUUGGAGCGAAGAAUCGCGUCUUUCCUGGCAACCGACUUGGGGCCGGGCUGGCUCCAGCAUUCGCCACUGGAUUCCUGGUUCACUUUUGGGUUGAGGAAUGAACUCAGACAAAGCAGUUUUGUUGGCUUUGUGUCUUGCCCCGUCCUCCCCUCCACACGCACUCUUGCCCUGACUUGUCUUCAUCUCUGUUACCAAAGAAAUUGCAAAACCAAAAACCAAACCAAAUCCCUCCCGGGAGGCAGCGUCAGAGUGUAGCAGACAAGGAAAAUCCCACGGACCUGGUUGCGAAAUGCUGUGUGUGAGAAGGGGAAAACUCUCUGAUGAGCUCGAAAGGGAAAGAAAAAAAACCAACUAAACCCCAAUGGGAUAACAACAGAAACUACAACCAAGCAAGCUCAACGCAAAGACCGGCAAAUUUACAAAACAAAAAAAAAAGCAAAUGACAAGAUUUUUUUUUCUUUUUUUUUUCUUUUUUUUUCUUUUUUUUUUUUUUUUUUUUGUGCCAAUUAACAACCUGCCUUAACCAAUUCUGGAGCAGUGGUACUAGCUUCAAAAUGAUCGUUCCCUCCAAGCUCUCGAUGGUGACUUGUGCCAUAUGAAAAGCAAUCACAAGGCCAAACCCUUGCAUUCGGACAUCGCCCUGGCCCCGCAGGCUCCGUGUUGUCCUAGGGGAUCGGAGGGGCUGUGGGGACUGUGAAGGGCUGAGGGAGGCUUGGGGGUGGAGGGGAAGGCCAGGUCCCCCAUGCCAGCCCCAUCACUUGGGGAGAAAGAAAAAUCCUCCAAAGCCAAUCCCCCAAAAACCAAAAUAAUAAUAAUAAUAAUAAUGGGACACUAUUGAAUUUAUGCGGGUAAAAUAGUACCAUCUGUGUUCUAGCGCUAUGGUUUCUUCGAUUCACUUUACUUUGAGAGCGAUCUGUUGUGUAACAGGAAGGCACCUUGUUGAAAGGAAGGAAAAACGGAAAGAAAAAAAAAGUGUCUGUGUACACCAAAAAAAGAAACAAACAAAAAACAAACAAAAAACAACAAAGAAAAGCACCCAACAAGAAAAAAGAAAGAAAGAAAGAAAGGACAAAAGAAUGAAAGAGAGAAAGGAAAAACCCUACAAGCAAAGCCCUGACCCACCACAGGGUUUGGGAAUGAAUUCUGGGACAGAUUUACCAAAGAGCUGAUGGGGUGGGUGGGAGGUGGGGGCCAGCGUGGGCAUGGCCUCACACACCGACCCCAACCAUUGCCAGGGGGAGCGGAUGGGCGAGAGGGAGGAAGAUGGGCCGGGAAGGGGCAGGUGCCAACCAGAACCCGAAAAGCACGGUGAAGCGAAGCUCACCCCCCAUAAUCCGCUCCCCACCGCUGGCAUUCCCCUGACGUUGUUUCUUCUUGUCUUGUCGUGAUGUGGUGACGAUGGGGUGUCGGCAUUCCUGAACCCCAUCGGGUAGUAUUCAAGGGCUGAAAAGCCAGGAAGGGGGCCUUGGUUUGGGAAGUGAAAAACACGCAGAAACAAAACAAAACAAAAUGAAAAAAAAUAAGGGAAAAAAAAAAAAGGAAAACAAACAAACAAAAAUAUACCAAAAAAAGAAAAAAAAAGAAAAAAGAAAAAAAAAAAAAGUAAAUGCCACAGGCCCUCAAGGAUGCAAAGACAUUUCUAGUGAGAACCCGAGAAUAAAGGCUACCUCACUUGAGUUUUCAAUUUUCGUGAUUUGAAAAUCACGUCUGAUACCAAAGAUUUUGUUGCCUUGUCUGGUCUGUGCUGGCAGCGCCGCUUUCCCUGCGCCCCGUGAGUCCCCCCGAGAGCGAGAGAAGGCGAGCGAGCAUCCCCGGGAUGGCAGCGUGGUCGAUGAGUGCCUUUUUCUUGUACCAAAGGUGUGUGGCCAUUUCUUUGCUCCUCCGCUUUUUUUCUUUUAGUUCUGUCCUGAAGAUUCACUGUUACCUCAGCUCUCUGAACGGAUUCUGGCAACUCUUGUAGUCUUUGGGUGUUGGGAUGGAGAAAACAGAAAGCCAAACCCUUGUCCUAUUGGAAGAGAAAGCAUCGCCCUUCCCUCUUGCUGUGGUUUCCCCAGUGUGUCCCCCUUCAGAUGUCCCCCAGUGUCCCCGUUUGCCCCAGCACACUCCCCCGGUGUCGUGGUGUCCUCUCGGGGUCAGCACCAUGGCCAGCUCUGCUCUGGAACCAUGCAGAACCCAAUGGUAGAACAGGGAUCUUAGAGACAUGGAUUCCACCAUGGAUGGAUUCCACCAUGGAUGUUUCUUCUCAGACUGGAGCUUCUGUUUCCUUUCUCGAUAGCACAGAGAGGAUGCGUGGCGUUUCUCACCACUGACUUUCUCCAAACCCUUCUUUUGGAGCUAAGUGCUCCAGCAGGAAAGGUUUCCAGGUUCCUGCAGAGUUGUUUUUCGCUGUUGAGUGGGUCAGGGGUGGCUCUGCUUUAGGAAGAAGCAAUGGGAGGACCCUCAGGAGAAGAUGCUCUUCCACAGAAAUCUCCCAAAGCUUAGGGAAAUCUUGGGUCGAAUCGCACCUGCUUGGCUCUUUGUGUUGGUUUUCCCCUCUUUGUGGGUGAAGCCUUCCAGGAAUCCUUUGCCAGCCGCACCACCCCUGCAGGCUCCUUCUGUUGUGUCUUGUGGGAAAUGGCUCCUUUAGAAUUGGACCAGACUUGGCCAAAGUCAUGAACCCAACUGGAGCCCCGCCAUGGGGACACCAAGAGCCAUCCGCAGCCCCUGCAUCCCACUGAGAGCAGGCCAGAGCAUCCCACUGCUUGCCCCCCAUCCCCAUACCCUCUACACUAUUGCCUUGACCAGAUCCUGCCCAACCCCACUUCUCCCUAACACCCACAUGGCUUGUGAUACCAAAGACGUUCUCUAUGCAGGAGAAAGCCUUCUUUUCCACCCAGCACAGACCUUACAAGCCUUUGACAAUGUUCUCUGAAAUACCUCAAAAUAUUUAAUGUAUAGUUUAUGUGAUAAAAAAAAAAUUACUUAGCUAGUUUUUGGAAUUUGUGACUUGAAGCUUUAUACUGUUAAAUUAUAAUUUUGCAGAAGACGGCAUGUUCUUAUUUCUUUGACGCGUUCAAUGGGAGACAUAUUGAAUGUUAAGGAGAUGAAAGCUGGAUUGUUUCACGGUGAAAAAGAGAGAGAGAGAAAGAGAGAGAGAGAAAGAUUUAAAAAGGACCCUCGGAGUUUACAGAUUUCAUAUUUAAACAAGUCCUUUUAAAAAAAGAAAAGAAAAAAAAAGAAAAACGAAUAACGAUGACGAUACCUUUGCGUUCAGAUGUGUUACUUUUCUCUGAGUCAUGUCGUACGAGAGUAUUUAUUAUACGUGUUCUGUGUUCAAAUGUAAUUUAAAGAAGACAAAAAAAAAAGACAAAAAAAAAAAAAGACAAGAUGAGAAUUUGAUUUAUGCAUGAAAAAAAUAUACUCUUUCUUGAAGUAAUGUAAUAAUUAUUCGGGGAGGGAUGGUCGGGUGGGAGCGGGAGGGGACAAACUGUGCUUUUUUUGUCCAUGACUUCUGGGUUGAUUAAGAGUUUUCUGCAUGGAUCACCGUAUUUAUUUCCUUUUCUCAAUCACACAAUUAUGGGAGAGCCAUCCUUUACCCCCUCUGUUGGUUUGUUCGCUUCUUUUCUCCCUUUCCUUUCUCUGCACAUUGUAUUACCCCAAUGGGGGACGGUGUAGGGGCUGCAGGGGGUUGUGGGGGCACACGACCCCAUGCCCAGCAAACCGGGUAUGGGUGUCUGGGGCACGGGACCCCUGUGUGUGCCCACCCAUGCCAAACCAACCCCGCCAGGUCCCGCGCCUCUCAGGUUUGGGGAUUUUUUUGUGCUUUAUCCAGAUCUGUGUGUCAAAGCCCAAGUGUCUUCAUGCAGAAGAGAGACAGAGACAAUCAGCCACCGUCACCUGAGUUUGCAAAGCUCUGGGCUCCUCAUGUGCUCUGAGGUGAGGGAAAUGGCCCCAAUGCCCCAUCACCAUCCUCCUCCCCACACUGCGGCCAUUCUGGGCAAUGGAAGCUUGUCACGUUGAGGAUAGUGACACUGAACCGGGCUGCCCAAAGGUGUGGAUGUCCUAUUGCUGGAAGUGUUCAACAUUGGGCUGAACAAGGCUUUGAGCAACCUCACCUGGUGAAGGACAUCUUUGCCCAUGGCAGUCAGUGGGACUGGUGAUCUUCAAGUGUCUCUCCCAACCCAAACCAUUUUGUGAUUGUAUGAUGGCCCCGAGUUGCUCUCCCUUGGGGUGUCCUUGAAGACCUGCCUCCAUCCUUGCCUUUAUUUUAACAUGCUGAUUCUUGAGUCCUCUUCUGCCUCUUCAUUCUCCAUCCUUCACCUCUGUCACUAGAUGUGGCCCCAAAGCUCAAAUGACUGCAAGGAACAAGAUCUCAACUCCUUUGUGCUCCACCAACAUGGUCCCCAAAAGUGUAAUAGGGUUUAUACCUGCAUCUUCUUCAAUGCAGCAUCCUGCAGCCUUCAUCGUCUUCAUGGCUGUCCAUCCACACAACCCUCCUGGUUUCUUCUGGGGAAAUGCUGCUGUUUGGAGGUCCAUCGCAACGUUGUUGUUUGGAUGCCCAGACUUCACUUCCAACCACAAGAAGGUGUCACCAAGCUUAGACCCAGCCCACAGCCACCAGUCCUAGGAGCCUACAGAGCCCAACUGGUUCCCACCUCGGAACAAGAACCCAAUGAUUUGGGACAUCCCAGAGAAGCUGAGCACUGAGUGCAGUCCUUGUCCUUCACCCACCAGCACCCACUGAACCAAAGGGGCUUUGCCCUAUGCUGGAUCCAGCCUCGCCUGCUGCCCACACCUACCAAAAUGCCUUGAGGAGCAACUUGCAAAGAUACCAAAGAUUUUUUUUUUUCCCUGCAGGUAAUGACAAUCCGAGCUCUGUCCUAAAGACAAUUCUCUUGACCAGGGUUGCCCCAAAAGGGCAUUUUUGUGCUGUGGGGAGCAGGAACAGAACUGGAACCCAAUGGGGCACCUCAAAAAACAACCAGAGCAGCUCCCAUCUGGUAGGGGCCAUCAGGGAUCCCAGGGCUCCAUGCUGAUGAAGGAUGAGGAAGAGGAGGGUGUCUGGGACCUCCAGCCCUACCAAGUCCCGCAGUUCAGCCCGGUCAUUGUGCCCUAUUUCCAUUGUGGAAGUUUUCAGGGAUUUGGGUCAUCCCGUUACUUGUGAAGCCUCAGGUUGGUUCUCCAUUUCGGUCAAGAAAACAUUUGUAGUGGGGCAGCAAUAUCUCCAUCCCCACUAGGAGAGGAGGAGCAGAGGGCUCACGGAACCUCAAAGUCAAGCUUCAGGCAUUGACAUCCCAUGAUAACCCCGCCACGAGCUGAGCUUUCCCAGCUCUAAGGAGGUCUCCAAUGAUGGGAUACCAGCACUGGGCCCAGAGCUUGCACUUCCUGGUGCCAAGCCCAGGAGUAUCAAGACAAGAUCCUUCAUACAACACCUCUCUUCUGACCAGAGCCAGAACCCAGGGCUCAUCCAUGGGUCACUUCAAGGGGGCAGUGGGGACAUUUGCUCCUUUUCCCUCAUCUCAGAGCAGAAGAGGAGCUGCAGCCGGGGCUGGGGCUGUGCGUUAUGGAUGCUUCGGUUCCUUCUGUUUUAUUUCUUCGUUCAGGGUUUUUUAAAGAAAGGAAAUUAAAAACACAAAGACAAACAAACCCAUUUGUGUUAUUAUUUUUUUCUUUUCUUUUCUUUUCCUCCCUUCUCCCCCGUACAUUUCUAAAGGAGAACAAGAAGUCAGGCAGAAUUCACCCUGCCCAGGAGGAGCCCACAGCACUGGGUUUACCCACCCACCCCACUGCUCAUUUCUCUGCAUAGCAAUAGGCACCGCUCGCUCCCAUCCCACUGCUCUGGGGGCCACAUCCCUCCGUUGCUGAAUGCCUUUUUCCUUCUGACUAAAUUGGAUUUUUUUAUUAUUAUUAUUUUAUGAUUAUUAUUUUUCUUUCGCCGCUGCUUCAUUGUUAAUCUCAUGGGAUAGGUUUUACUCUACAGCGAAAUGCAAUUGUUACUCCUCUGUGUCUUGCAAUUAUAUUUGUUUAAGCUAUUUACAAAUGCUAAAAAAGAAAAAAGAAAAAAAAGAUAAUAAUUAAAAAAAAAAAGAAGAAAAAAAAAAGAGUCUUAUGUGUCAGGCACUUUAUCCAAACUGUGCUGUGUGCUCUGGAGUUUGUUCCUUGUUCUUUGCAAUGACUCACGCAGGGGAAAUUACCAGGAAACCGAACUCCAGCCUGUCAACAGGUUUUAAAAGAGAAAAAAAAAAAGAAAAUCUCUAUUUGUUCAUCCUCUACUGGUCAUGACUGUGUUGUAUUUCUGCAGCUUUCUGUUUCUUCAAUAAAUUAUUUUCUAGUCAUUCA